AUGGACCCCACAGAGGAAAACGGCGGCGAUACCAGCCCGCCGGCCGCUCAGAAACGACAACGAGCCAAGCAAGCCUGCGAACCAUGCCGCCUUCGAAAGCGCAAAUGUGACGGCGCCUCGCCUUGUAAUAUGUGCACGCAAUUCGAAUACAAAUGCUACUUUGAGCGACAUCCACGGAAACGAAGCAAACUCUCUGAAGUUUUCCACAAUUCCCAACCUAGCUCCGAGGAUGUCACGAAGAUGCGAUCCAUGGAAGCCAAUUCGGGAAUUGCAUUCACGAGACUGCUGGGUCAGAGACUGGAUCCUUCGUCGGGAGGACCGAAAUUGUUCACGUUUGGUUGGAAUUUGGGGAGUAAUUCGUAUACCCCGCCGCCAGCGAUGCCGGUGGUGACGGAUAUUCUGGAUCAGGAGAGUAUGUAUACGCUGGCGGGAUUUUACUUUGCGAACGUGCAUCCGAUCUAUGGGUUUUUGAAGAAGUCGUGGGUGUUGAAGAAUAUUGCUUUGAGGUGGUCGAGACCGGCGAGCUGUGAGGUGCCGGAUCAUAUCCUUUGUGGUGUUGCGGCGCUGGGGAUAUUAUUCUCUGAUGCGAGUAAUGAUGCUGCGUUGACUCGACUCGUCGACGCUCAGAAGCAGGUCCUCGAGUCGACGAGUACGAUGCUACCACCUCGCCUUUCCGACGUCCAGUCUUGGAUCCUCCGCUGUCUUAUCCUACGAGUUACCGAUCACCCUCACGCCACCUGGCUGGCAACAUGCACGACAAUACACCUUGUCGAGUCCAUCGGCCUGCAACUCGAAGCCAGCAGUUUCGUCCUCCAUCCCGCGGCCAACGAGCUUUCCUCCGAACCUGAGCUCCGACGUCGCACCUUCUGGGUGGCUCGCAUGCUCAACUCCUGGGUGAGCUUCGAGUACGGCCGGACACGCGUAGCUCUGCGUGGCAUAACAGCCAACCUCCCCACUUCUGACGAAGGAGACUACACGACUCACUACAUUGACUUGUACAGCAUAUCAUGCUGCCUCGACCCGGAACAAUCCGACAAAGCCGGAGAAUGGGAAGACUUCCUCGAGCGGCUGGACGCCUACGAACCGAAACACGACGGUAUUGCUUUGUCGAAAGCCAACCUCGGACUGUGUGGGUACCGUCGACUCCGGCUCGCGAAUCCCAACCUCUCACCCGAUGCUAUCGCCAAGAUCAUCAAGAUCGGCCUGGAUGGCCUCGCGGCUGCACGACGAAUGGCAGCGCAAGGCAUGCCGUGGUGGCACGUCGCCAACGUCCCUUUUCAAGUCAUCUGUGUCUUCCUCGCGAUGGACGGACGAGAGUCCCUCUCCCACCUCUCGACCGCGAUGCGAACCCUCGAUUUCGUCGUCGACCGUUUCCGCACAACCGCGAUGAAAGAAGUGUUGAAAAUGGCGCGGUUCCUCAUUCGAUUAUCGAAGAAGAGGAAAGACGAAGACUCGGAGGUCUUGAGUCUGACGCUGCAGAAAGAUGCGCCGGACGUGCAGGUCCCUCUCGCGGCGGUGAAUUACGAGAUCGAACCGAUGCUGUCGUCCCAAGCGCCAGUGGGGAAUGGGUUGGCGGUUGGAGGGGGGAUGGUGAGCGGGAGUGGGAAUGUCCAUGUCAAUGCGGCGAGUCAGACGCCUAAGACGGCGAGUAGUGAGGAUUGGAAUUUGGAUGUGCUGAAUGAUUCGCAGUUUGAUUGGAACUUCUUUUUGAACGCGAAUAUGCCUGCGUUUAGCACGUUUGCGCCGGAUGGGACGAUGUGACGGACGUGACGAGGGCGAUGUGAAGAAGCGAAGACGAGCGACGAGAUACAUUACCUACGAUACCCGACGGCGGACGACGGAACAGUGAAUAUGAGGACAAAGACCAAGAGCCAUCCAACUAUGCUUGAAAUAUUGAUGAGAGAAUUGAUGGAUAAGAUUUCACUCUCGGGAACGACUCCGGGUGUACCUGCAUUAGCUCGAUGCAGCCCCACGAUUUCCACGACUGGUCGAUCUUUUGUAAUGGUGAUGCAAU